CUCAUCUCUCUUUCUUCGUUCUUCAAUGACGUCGAACACCACAACUGGUUCUUCUUCUUACAGGUCUAGGUCCACAAGGUCCAACAGUGGUGGUCAAAUGGUGUGUUACAAUCAACAAAUUGCGCCCAUGAGGGUUGUUAGGGUUGAAGGGCCAACAAAAGGCAAACGGUUUUAUGGCUGUGCUUAUUGGCCUCAAACAUGUGGGUUCUUCAAAUGGGCAGAUGAGGUGGAUGAUGUGCGUGAACUCCAACAUGGGAUCUUUGUAAGGGAUGGGUUUAUUACUGAACUUGAAGAUCAUAAUAUUUUGCAGAGAGACAAAAUAAAGAAGUUGAAAAUGAAGAAGGAGAAGUUGGUGGAUGAAGUUGAGGAAAUGGGUAUGGCCACAACUGAAACUCUAUAUGAGUUGAAGUCCAACACCACUGAGAAGAAGUUGCUGUUUGGUUUGUUCAUGUCUUGGGUUUUUUUGCAAUUAUGUUCUUGUUGAAGUAAUGUAUGUGAAGUUGAAGGAGAAGGCAGGAUUUUGGUUGGGGUAGGAAGGUGUAUGUGAAGUUGGGGUAGGAUUUUGGUUGGGGUAGGAAGCUGUUGUUUGGUUUGUUCAUGUCUUGCUGCUCUUUUGGCCCUUUUUGUGUAAUAGACAGCCAAGACAAUGGUGUAAUGGUUUUUUGAAUGAUCUUAGAAUCAACUUGAAUUAUCUUGGAAUCUUUUAUGUUAACUAUUUUUUUUUUGCUACUUCAUAGUGUUGAAGGAAAUACAAAUAACCAAAAGCAAUCAUAUCAAAAGUAAACCAAAUAUGUCAUUAAUAGAACAUAAGUUCAAUACACAACCAUAAACAAAGAUGAAAACCAGACCACAACUCAGCUAAUGUCAGGUUGAACCUAAAAACAGAAGUUAAAACAUGGGAUACAGGACAAUUUAACUUUCUAAACUCAAAUGUGUUGUGGUGCUUGAAGCUUGACUUCCUUGAGUUAAUUGUGCUGUUGCUG